AUGGGAAGCUUUAAGACUAAUCUCCGCCUCACUGAGAAAUUGUGCUACGCGAAUUUAGUUACAGGUUUAGUUGGAAUUAUUACUGGAAUAGUUUUAUUAGGGGUUAAUUCAGAUUAUAAAGACUUUGGAGAGAGUUAUAAUAUUUAUAAAGCAUCUUAUACUUUACUUAUUUUAGUCGGAGUUUUUUUUGCAAUUUUAGGUUUAUUAGGUAUUUGUGCUUAGAGAAAAAAGAGAAAUUGCACUAUGACUAUUUAUAAUAUAGGUGUUAUUGUCUUGAUGAUAUUUAUAGGAUGUUCCUUAAUUGUUAUGAUUUAUACUAAAGUUAAACUAUCUUAGUUUAAGGAUGAUACAAAUUGCUCCAAAUAAAGUCUUAUGAAAGAUUUAAAAGCUACUUAUGACGCUGGUAAAAGCCUACUGUGCAGUUCAAGGUGUCCUUGCGAUGCCAACCCAAUCUCUUUUCCUGCUCAAGUAUAUUCAAAUUUUUAUUUUGCUAAUAAUGGAGUAGAGAGAUUAGAUGAAUGUAACAACUAUACUCAUAAAAUAGAUAUCAAUUUUUCAUACGAUUACAAUAACUAUAACGACUACCUUAGAAACUUGGUUAACCUUUUAAGAACAGCUGAAGAGUCAUUUAAUUGUAGCGGUUUUUGUAGUACAAAUAGUUAUUAUGUUUUUAGAAACAUAAACGAUGGCACUCCUUCUGCUGGAAAGGAUUGCAAAGAGGAAUUCCUAAAUUUUAUUUCUAAAAAUAUAAUCAUAGCUAUUGUUAUAACAUCUAUAUUAGUUGUAUACAUGCUGAUAGUGACUUAUCUAUCUCUUAGUACUAUGCUUAGUGAUGAAAGAAAAUAAAACGGAGGUUACUACUAAGAAUAAAAUAGAAUCUAAGUUCCUAAUCAAAAUGAAUAAAAUAAUGUUGAAAAUAUGAACUAUAUCCCAAAUAGCAAUUAAAAUAAUUUAGGAAACAUGAAUAAUAACAUUUAUAAUAAUUAUAACAAUAACAAUAACAUUUACAACACUAAUUAACCAACGAAAAAUAAUAACAGUGUUUCAUAUAUAAAUAGACCAUAUCCUAAUAACUAUCAGUAUUAGUAAAAUAUCACUUAUGUUCCAGGAAUCGCUCCACCUUAGAAUAUUGAAGGACUACCAGUUAUUUAAGAAAUUUAAUUGUAAAACUAAGAACAAAAAUACCCUCAACUCUAAUAAACUAAUCAAGGUUAUAUUAAUAACAUGCAAACUCCUCAUCAAGAAAAUGCUAAAUACGCUAAAUAUUGA